GCUUCCAGACAAGCUGCAGGAAUUCCAGGGAUUACUCCAACUGAAGAAAAAGAUGGUAAUCUUCCAGAUAUUGUAAAUAGUGGAAGUUUGCACGAGUUCCUGGUUAAUUUGCAUGAGAGAUUCGGGCCUGUGGUCUCUUUCUGGUUUGGCAGGCGCCUUGUGGUUAGCUUGGGCACUGUGGAUGUACUGAAGCAGCAUAUCAACCCCAAUAAGACAUCGGACCCUUUUGAAACCAUACUAAAGUCAUUAUUAAGGUAUCAAUCUGGCGGUGAGAAUGUGAGUGAAAACCACAUGAGGAAAAUGGUGUAUGAAAAUGGUGUGACAAAUUCUCUGAAGAGUAAUUUUGCUCUCCUAGUAAAGCUUUCCGAAGAAUUGUUAAAUAAGUGGCUUUCCUACCCAGAGACCCAGCAUGUACCCCUCAGCCAGCAUAUGCUUGGUUUUGCUAUGAAGUCUGUGACACAGAUGGUACUGGGUAGUACAUUUGAAGAUGACCAGGAAGUCAUUCGCUUCCAGAAGAAUCAUGGCACAGUUUGGUCUGAGAUUGGAAAAGGCUUUCUAGAUGGGUCACUUGAUAAAAGCACAACUCGAAACCAGCAGUAUGAAGAUGCUCUUAUGCAACUGGAAUCUAUCUUUAAAAAAAUCAUAAAAGAGCGAAAAGGAAGGAACUUCAGUCAGCAUAUUUUCAUUGACUUCUUAGUACAGGGGAACCUUAAUGACCAACAGAUCCUAGAAGACAGUAUUAUAUUUUCUCUGGCUGGAUGUGUGAUAACUGCAAAAUUGUGUACCUGGGCAAUCUGUUUUUUAACCACCUCUGAAGAAGUUCAAAAAAAGCUCUAUGAAGAGAUAAACCAAGUUUUAGGGAAUGGUCCUAUUACUCCAGAGAAAAUUGAGCAGCUCAGAUAUUGUCGGCAUGUGCUUUGUGAAACAGUUCGAGCUGCCAAACUGACCCCAGUUUCUGCCCGGCUUCAAGAUAUUGAAGGAAAAAUUGACCAAUUUAUUAUUCCCAGAGAGACCCUCGUCCUUUACGCCCUUGGUGUGGUACUUCAGGACGCUGACACUUGGCCGUCACCACACAAGUUUGAUCCAGAUCGAUUUGAUGAUAUAUUAGCUAUGAAGACUUUUUCCUUGCUUGGAUUCUCAGGCACCCAGGAAUGCCCAGAGUUGAGGUUUGCGUAUAUGGUGACCACAGUACUUCUGAGUAUAUUAGUGAGGAGACUACAUCUACUUUCUGUUGACGACCAAGUUAUUGAGACAAAGUAUGAACUGGUAACAUCGUCAAGGGAAGAAGCUUGGAUUACUGUCUCAAAGAGAUAUUAAAAUGUUAUACAUUUUAAAUGUUUUACAUUUAAAAUGUUUUGUUAAAUAGAUUGGGGAAAAUAACCAUUUAGAAAAUCAAUGUUGAAUCCUUUUAUAAAUCAAGUACCUUUUUGUAAUAUUAUCACCUACUAGUACUUUAUUAUGUAAACUUAGAUUUUUAUAUAUCACACUUUCUUAAUUCAUAAUAUAUGCAUACUUAUUACACCAAUAUAUUGAUAAUUUUAAUGGUAAGUUUUAUCACUUUCUGUGCCAUUUUCAAAUUCUUGUUCUUAGUUUGAUCUCUAAAAUGAAUGUUCCUGAGGAAAGAAGCUAUUUUACACAAGUUGGGAAAUCUUGUUUUCUGAAUAUUCAUAAAAUAGAAACAUAAUCCUAAGUCCUUUUUGUACUUCGAAUAAGUCACCUUAAAGGGAAAUAAAAAGUACUUCCUAUAAUCUUA